AUGUCUACACCACACAUUCCGCCUCGCCCGCAGCGGAGUCAAGCCAAAAACGAGACGCCAUUGAUUCCGCCUCGUCCGAUUCGCAACACGGAUCCCUCUCCCGAUCGCGGCACUCGAUCGCCUUUGAACUUCCCGCCCACUUCUUUGGGAAGCAAACCCCAGGUCCGCAGGGGACGCACGAGCGAAGAGCUGCCCCGCCGUCCACCAAGCGUGAGCUUGCCAGAUAUUGGUCAUGAGGGCGAUGAAUACUCCAGCUUUGAUCAGCUUCCCGCAGAAGCACAUGGAGUAUCUGGCGACGCAGCGCAGACUACGAAUGUCUCGGUCGAUUUGCCAAUGCACCAGCCGCGUGCCUCGGUGCCUCAAUCAACCGCGAAGAGGCAGAUUCAUACCGUGACGAGUACCGAUUCAACGCAGGCCGCAGCGGCAGGCAUUGGACGCGCUAGACCUGCGGACGAUGUCCAUAAGCUACCUCCCCAGGAUGGUACAUCUUCGCCCAUGCGUCGUGUGGCCAGUAAUGAGCCCCGUCGUCCACCAUCAAUCGACCAGAGCCUCCGUGCCAAGGCCAGCUUCAACCGCUCCUCGACAAGCCUGCAGCCGCUGGAGCGCACUACCUCCCGUCCGGGUAGCGUUCAUGGAGGAGAUGACCACGAGCAUGGCAUUCCGGAGAUUGGACAGCAGAUCCCGCUAAAUCGCUGGGCUGGUGACGCUCAGGCUCCCUCACCUGCGACUGCCAUGUCUCAWCAUGCUCCGGGCAUUGGAUUCUUCAACGACGGUUCGAACAAGAACCACCACAGGAAAAAGAGCUCCAGGCACGAGUAUGGCCCACCCGACAGCUAUGGUAUACGUCAUGAUCAAGAUCACCAGGAUCAGUUUGAGCAGGAGUGGAUCAGGAAACACCCUCAAGAAGCAGUCAAGGAGGGUUACCACCACCAGCAUCUUCCCAAGCCUGAGACUGCGUUGAGCGAUGAUCAGCUGAACAGGCUGAUCCAUGGCGAUUUCUCUGACGCUGCAGCACCGGGAACGCCCGACGAAGACGAUGCCUUUGAGGCCACCGAAGAGUACAACUCUCGCGUGGGAACGCCGCAGAACGCCGACGCCAAUGAGCGGAAGAAAAGAGCCUCCAGCAGCGAGUCUGCGGCCGCUCGCGGCAAAGUUGGCUUUUUCGCGGACAAGAAUCGCCUCCGCCCAGAAGACGCCAUGGACGACGAGCCGCAUGCAUCUCCAAGACGACGCAGUAAAGCUCUACGCGGUGAUACUGAUGACGAGCACGAGCACGAAAACACCGAUGGGACACCAAUCUUGGCUUCUGACGAGAUUGUAAAACGGCCAAGCAGCGCUUUCAUGCACGCGGCUGUAGAUUUUGAGCCUCAUCCGGACGAUUUCUACGACAGCGAUCACGGUCACUCGGGACGCCGGAACAGCAGUCGCCCGUCUAGCAGACCCAGUAGCGUGCAUGGAGCAGCGGCUGUGAACUACACCGGUGGAUCUUUGCACCGAUACGCCUCGCACGAGGAGCAGCAUCAUGCCGGCGUUGGCACUCCACUGGAGGAAAUCGAGGAGUACGAGCCAUUGUUCCCCGAGGAUGAAGAGGAGGGCGAUGUGCGCAAGAAGGUGUUGAAGAAGAGGCCCGAUCUGGCCCAUCAUCAUUUCCCGAGUCAAGAUGUUUGGGAAGAUACACCUGCCUCGCUGCAUUAUUCAACCACCGUUUCUACUCCUGAUUUGGAACGUCAGCAGCCUGAGCCUGAGCCUGUCGAUUCGUCAAAACCAUCAACAUCAACCUUCGAGACCCCGGAGCAGGAAGCAAAACGCAUCAAUCAGAACCCGCAUGAUAUGCUCAGCGACAGUAAGACCUUCAUGAAGCCGCAGUUCAAGGCUGUGCAUGAUUUGCAUCAUGAGAGACCUGGGGCCCACCGUUUCCCCAGUUCUGAUGUGUGGGAGGACACACCCGAGAGCGUACGAUUAGAAACGACCGUUGCUGGUCCUCAGGAAGACGAGGUUAUCAGUCCUACAGAUGAUCGACCGGCAGUGCCAUCGCGCCCGCAGCGACAAAGCAGGCUUGGACAGGAGGUGAGCUCCUCUGAAGCCGAACAUGGCCAUGAAAGAUCACCCGAAAAGGCCAAACCGGCUAUCCCUGCGCGCCCUGCCCGUAUGAGUCAAUCUGAGCAGAGACGCUCGAUCGACGAGACUGUUACAUCUCCACCUGCGCCCAAGGCCAAACCAGCAGUACCUGCCAGGCCUGCCGGGGAGAAGCUCUCUUCUAUCAAGGCAGGGUUCAUGAACGACCUCAACAACCGUCUCAAGCUCGGACCUCAAGGUCCACCACCCAAGGCGGCAGAGCCUGAAGUCCAGGAGGAAGCGGAGAGAGUGCCGCUCACCGACGCACGCAAGGGUCGCGCCAAGGGUCCACCAAGACGCAAGCCUGCCGCCGCUCCUGUAUCUGACAGAAAAUCCUCCUUGACAUUCGCCAUGUCGCCUCUGAUCACAGUCUGGACUAUUGACGAAGAGGAUGAAAUUCAUGUCCACGACAAGGAGAAUAAGGAGCCUCAGACCACAGUCCACGAACUCGAGAAGACUCUUUCUUCAAAUGGCCUUGAAAAUACCGAUGCUGCGGCUCCACCCAUGUCUCCUCUCUCCCCACAGGAGCUUGCCACUACAAUCAGUAACUCCGACACACCUGGCACUGCUGCUGGUGAGCACCUUGGUUCUCAGGCGGAGCUUGAAGCCGCUCUUGCUGCUGCUGGCGCAGGACCCGCGAAGUAUGAGGGGCGCGAUGAGGCUGUACAGACAGGAGAGACUACUAUGAAGACUACACAGCCUGAUGGAUCGCAAGAGAAGCAAACCGCUUACCUAGGCGGCGCAGCGCCUGACGAGGGCGAUGUUAUCGUCAAGCAGGCGGAUGAGCUGACGACUUCCUAG